GAUUUUUUAGUCUCGGCGCUAAACACGGAGUGUUCUGGGCGCUAAACACAGAGAGCACCCGGGUUCCCGGGCCUCCCGAGAACGCUGCUCCAUGAACGCGCUGUGAACGGCCCCCGGCGUCCGCGCGUCCCCGCGUCUCCGGUAACUCCCGGUAACUCCCCGUAACUUCCGGCAUCCCAACGGCCUCCAGUUGGUAGUCCCGAAGCUGCACCAUGUUCCGCCUCUGGUUGCUGCUGGCAGUGCUUUGCUGCCUCCUGGCGUCAAGACCCGGUUUUCAAAAUUCAUUUCUGCAAAUUGUAAUUCCAGAGAAAAUCCAAACAAAUACACAUGACAGUUCAGAAAUGGAAAACGAAGAAAUAUCCUACAUUAUUCCAAUAGAUGAGAAACCAUACACUGUGCACCUUAAACAAAGAUACUUUAUAGCAGAUAAUUUUAUGGUUUAUUUGUAUAAGCAAGGAUCCAUGAAUGCUCAUUCUUCAGAUAUUCAGACUCAAUGCUACUACCAAGGAAAUAUUGAAGGCUAUCCAGAGUCCAUGGUCACAGUCAGCACAUGCUCUGGACUGAGAGGAAUACUGCAAUUUGAAAAUGUUUCUUAUGGAAUUGAGCCUCUGGAAUCUGCAGUUGAAUUUCAGCAUGUUCUUUAUGAAUUAAAGAAUGAAGACAAUGACUUUACAAUUUUCAGUGAAUAUAGCAGAAGCCUGGAAGAACAGCCAAUGGAUGACAACAUUUUUAUAAGUGAUAAAUCAGAACCAGUGGUUCCAGAUUUAUUUCCUCUUUUUCUGGAAAUGCAUAUUGUAGUGGACAAAGCUUUGUAUGAUUACUUGGGCUCUGAUAGCAUGAUAGUAACAAAUAAAGUUGUCGAAAUUAUUGGCCUUGCAAAUUCAAUGUUUACCCAAUUUAAAGUUACUAUUGUGCUGUCAUCAUUGGAAUUGUGGUCAGAGGAAAAUAAGAUUUCUACAGUUGGUGAGGCAGAUGAACUAUUGCAAAGAUUUUUAGAAUGGAAGCAAUCUUAUCUUAACCUAAGGCCUCAUGAUAUUGCAUAUCUACUAAUUUAUAGGGAUUACCCUGAUUAUGUGGGAGCAACGUUUCCUGGAAAGAUGUGUAUUACUCGUUAUUCUGCAGGAGUUGCAUUUUACCCCAAGGAGAUAACUCUGGAGACGUUUUCAGUUAUUGUCACCCAGAUGCUGGCCCUCAAUCUGGGAAUAUCAUACGAUGACCCAAAGAAAUGUCAAUGUUCAGAAUCCAUCUGUAUAAUGAAUCCAGAAGCUAUGCAAUCCAGUGGUGUGAAGACUUUUAGCAGUUGCAGUUUGAGGAACUUUCAAAAUUUCAUUUCAAAUAUGGGUGCCAAAUGUCUUCAGAACAAGCCACAAAUGCAAGGAGUUCAGAAACCAUCCUGUGGCAAUGGCAGAUUAGAGGGAAAUGAAGUCUGUGAUUGUGGUACUGAGGCACAAUGUGGACCUAAAAGCUGUUGUGAUUCUCAAACUUGUGUGCUGAAAGCUGGAGCAACAUGUUAUAAAGGAUUAUGCUGCAAAGACUGUCAAAUUUUACAGUCAGGUGUUGAAUGUAGGCCAAAAGCACAUCCUGAAUGUGACAUCCCUGAAAAUUGUAAUGGAAGCUCACCAGAAUGUGGUCCUGACAUAACUAUAAUCAAUGGACAUUUAUGCAAAAACAGUAAAUUUAUUUGUUAUGAUGGAGACUGCCAUGAUCUUGAUGCACGUUGUGAGUCUGUAUUUGGAAAAGGUUCAAAAAAUGCUCCAUUUGCCUGCUAUGAAGAAAUACAAUCUCAAUCAGACAGAUUUGGGAACUGUGGUAGGGACAGAUAUAACAGAUAUGUGCUCUGUGGAUGGAGGAAUCUUAUAUGUGGUAGAUUAGUUUGCACCUACCCUACUCGAACACCUUUCCAUCAAGAAAAUGGUGAUGUGAUUUAUGCUUUCGUACGAGAUUCUGUAUGCGUGACUGUAGACUACAAAUUGCCACGAUCAGUUCCAGAUCCACUGGCUGUCAAAAGCGGCUCUCCAUGUGAUAUUGAAAGGGUCUGUAUAAAUCGUGAAUGUGUAGAAUCAAGGAUAAUUAAGGCUUCAGCACACGCUUGUUCACAACAGUGUUCUGGACAUGGAGUGUGUAAUUCCAAAAGCACAUGCCAUUGUUCACCAGGCUAUCAGCCUCCAAACUGCCAAACACGUUCCAAAGGAUUUUCCGUAUUUCCUGAGGAAGAUUCAGUCAUGGAAAGGGCAUCUGAGAAGACUGAAAACACCUGGCUUCUAGGUUUUUCCAUUGCUCUUCCUAUUCUCAUUGUGGCAACCAUAGUAGUUUUGGCAAGGAAACAGCUGAAAAAGUGGUUCACCAAUUCCAAGGAAGAGGAAUUCUCAAGUAGCGAAUCUAAAUCAGAAGGCAGCACGCAGACAUAUGACAGCCAAUCCAACUCAGAAGGCAGCACUCAGACAUAUGCCAGCCAAACCAGAUCAGAAAGCACCAGUCAAGCUGAUACUAGCAAAUCCAAAUCAGAAGAUAGUGCCCAAGCAUAUACUAGCAGAUCCAAAUCACAGGAAGAUACCCAAACACAAACCAGUAGUAACUAAUGAUUCCUUCAGAAGGCGAUGGAUAACAUCAAGAGUCUCACUGAGAAAUGAAAAUUCGAUCUGUCCUUCCCUGGUCACAGCUGAAAGAAACAAUAAAUUGAGUGUGGAUCAA